AUGCCAGUGUCAGGUCGAAACCCCAACAGUUCUUUUCUGCCAGUCCAGGCCACACAUCAUUUCAUCAUGACUACUCCUGCCUGGUUGGUCUCAUACAAUGCAUUGUCCUCCAUAGCAUGGUUUUCUGUACUCGUGCUAGCCACGUCGUAUCCAGAAGCCCAACCUCAAUUUUUCCAGGACACUCAAGCCUAUGUCCGAUUGGUUCAAACAUUUGCUAUUGUUGAAGUCUAUAACUCACUUGUCGGAAACGUCCGCUCCCCAGUUUUCACUACAGCAGUCCAGGUUGCAUCUAGAUUACUUGUCGUUUGGGGUGUUUUUUAUGUCCUCCCCAAUUCCCCGGCCAACACCCACUGGGCAUACAUCACUCUUUGUCUCUCAUGGUCUAUUACUGAGAUCAUUCGAUAUGGAUACUAUGCACUGAACAUUGUCACCGAGGGGAACCCGCCCAAGUUUUUAACUUGGCUACGUUACAACACAUUUCUUGUUUUGUAUCCUACUGGUGUUGGAAGUGAGGUAACUAUACUUUUCAAAUCUCUCGAUGAAGCUGAACGUGUAGUUGGAGCUUGGUACAAGUAUUUGUUCAUUGCUAUUCUGGCUACGUACAUCCCUGGGUUCUACAUGCUUUUCUCCUAUAUGUUGAAACAAAGAGGCAAGACUUUGAAGAAGUUGAGUCCUAAAAAAGAAAAAUAG